UUUUUACGUGUUUUUGUUGUGGGCGGUUUCUCUGUGAUAGGAAGGUGGUGCAGCCUGCAGGCUCUCAGAGCAAUAUUCAGCAAAUUAUCAAGUCACCUAGACUUGAGAAAUCUGGUGCCAUGAUUGCUGGAGUCUCGCCCCUCGGCCAGACAUUUCUGGGCACCCUCUUCACGUGGGGUGUCACAGCUCUGGGUGCUGGACUAGUCUUUGUACUGUCUGGAUCACAUCAUGAUGUCUUGGACGCCAGCCUGGGGUUUGCAGCUGGCGUGAUGACGGCAGCUUCGUUCUGGUCCCUCCUGGAGCCGGCCCUGCAGAUGGCAGAGACAUCUGGCGGAUACGGCGCGAACGGAGAGUUCGCGUUUCUGCCGGUGGCGGUGGGCUUCCUGGCGGGCGCCAUGUUUGUUUCGGGAGCCGAUGUUAUGAUGAAGAGAUUUGGAGUGGAUUCGUCUUCGCUGAUGCUAGCGUCUCUGGAUGACGGCGAAAGAGAGCAUCGCAGCCGACGACGAAUGGACAGCGAACGGGGCGAGGAUCUGGUCGAAAACAGCGGCAUGCUGUCAGAUGGCCUGCGUCAGCGCCGUACUCUGGGUAAAGGGAACGGCGAUGGCGCGUCUGCCGGGCUGGAUAGCCGGGAGGAGGAAGACCUGUCUGCCCGCUGGAGGCGCAUCCUGCUACUGAUCAUCGCCAUCACAGUGCAUAAUAUUCCCGAGGGACUGGCGGUGGGUGUCGGGUUCGCCGCUGCCGGGAAAACGGCGGGCGCCACCUUCGAGAAGGCCAGGAAUCUAGCAGUCGGUAUCGGCAUUCAGAAUUUCCCUGAGGGACUGGCGGUCAGUCUACCCCUGCGAGGGGCGGGCAUGUCCAGCCGGCAGGCCUUCUGGUACGGGCAGCUGAGCGGUAUGGUGGAGCCCGCCGCCGGAAUGCUAGGGGCCGUCGCCGUCUCACUCGCAGAGCCGCUCCUACCGUAUGCUCUCAGUUUCGCCGCUGGAGCCAUGAUAUACGUGGUGUUUGACGAUAUUGUGCCCGAGGCGCAGACGUGCGGGAACGGUCGCCUGGCCUCCUGGGCUGCCAUCGUCGGUUUCCUCAUCAUGAUGUGUCUGGAUGUCGGCCUCGGCUAGCGGUGACCACAGCUGCUGCGUCAUCUGCCGGAACAUGACGUCCUGGGAUGGACUUAAGGUUACCUCGCCUUACGGCCUCUACAUAAAGGGCGACUUGGGUGUGAAGAUGUUAAAAAGAGACCUUGGGCUCCCAAGGGAUGAUGUCCAGUUGUGGGGAUGAAGUGGGAAUAGUUUGGGAAAGUUUGAAAGAACGUGAAGUUGGUUUUGGUUUGUGACUUUUAGUUGUGUGACGAAUGCCGAAUGGUGCCUAGUGCCUACCUUAUUGUUGCAUUUGUUGGAGCUGGUUUUGGAAAGGCCGCAAGCGAUCAUUCGUUGGCUUCAUAUUACAUGAUAAACCUCUUGCGAUGCACGGCAGUCCAGGGGACCAAAAAGCUCGAAGUUGAAUGUGACAUUUGUUGCGAAUUUCAGUCAUUUGAGUAUAAUCAUUUGAUGACUCAAAUCACCUGCACACUUAUUUCUUCCCUUCGAUCUAAUGGAGAGCAUUUUUUCUCAAAAUGGAUAUGAAAUAAUGUCAUUGAUUUGAUGGAACCAUCCAUUCAUUCUUCUUGCAACGAUUUUAAAUGAGUUUACUUUCAUGAAUGUAAACAUGCUGCAUAAAAGAUCUCAUCGGAACAAAACAUUGCCUACCAAAACAAUACUACUCCGCUCCAGCUCUGAAUCAUUUACCGGAAGCUACUUUACUAUGAUAAAUAAUUGUUGUAUCUCUGUUAUAAUGUUGAAAAAAUCGGAUUGUCAUAAUCCAGGCACGUCACAUUUUCUGGGGCGUCCUAGUCAUCAUCAUCACAUCACAUUUAUUUGCAUCACACACACAAUGUGAGGUGACAAGGUGAGGUGACAGUUAUAACAAGUAGCAGUACAUAUACAUUGGGCCAGGUAGGUACAUACAUUAAUGCCUGCAGAACAAUGCUAGGCCACGCAAGGACAUUCACAAGAGCCAAUCAUUGGACAUUCUAAAACCAUCGAUAGUACCUAUACUUUAGUUCAAGUUGUGUGCCUGGUGCUUUCAUUUGUGACUGUUAUGAGCCUAAGAAUUUUACGCGAAUGAGAGCAAGUGCUGUUGAGCAGGAAUUUGAUUGUGUCCACAAUUCCAUCAUUCAUACAAGAGCCACGAAUAAGCUCACCAUCAAUAUUGCCACAUGCUAUGUUCAUUGUAACUUCAAAAUUAUUAUUUCCGAGGCUAUGUGUAAAGCUCAAGAAUGAUCCGUCUAACUCUGAAGGCGUAGUAGCUAGAACAGCAAGGCUGCGAAUCAUUAUCUGCUUAAGCCUAUGAUCCGAGCGAAACAGAUGAGCAAAGCCGCGAAGCGUAAGCGAUCGGAGAAGCUCUUGAACCUUAGGAAUGCCAAGCGCUGACAUUAGGGCAGAAUGAUGAGCAUACACAGGGAGCCCAAUGACUGCCUUUAUACUAGAAGAUUGAAAUAAUUCCAGGUUACUUAUGUCAGCAGCUCUCAGUGGAGCAACGAUGCUCCCAGAUGUCAAAGAAGGGGCUACAAUCGUGCGCCAUAGAAAAGCUUUGUCUAAAGCAGACAUAGCCUUGCUAAACAUUCCUGCAGGUGUAAGCCCGUAAAAAGCUCCACGGGCACGUCUUACUCGAGACCGCGCAUGCGCGGAGCCACGUAAAUCAGUGCUGAUGGUCACACCUAGAUGCUGUGUUUCAGAGCGGAUAGAUAACUGCUGACCGGCUAACUGCCAUGUAGGCAGCUCAGCUAAAUGUUCAGCACCAAAGACAAGGCAAUGACUUUUAGUUUUAGACUGAUCAGGGUGAGUGAAUUCAAGUCUCCAAGUGCCCGCGAACUCCCCCACAAUGCUUAAAAGAUGGCCAAGACUCAUGGAGUUCGUAGAAACAAGCAUUAUGUCGUCAGCGUAACAGAUCGAGGGGACAUGAUAUCCCAUUAGUUCAGCCCCAAGUCCACUAUGAUCAAGAGUCUGUAUUAAGGGACGAAAAAAUAUGUUAGCCAGUACUGGGGAAAGGAUGGCCCCUUGCCUCGUUCCACGUUCUAGUGGGAAACUGUCGGAACGAAUGCCCAUAAAGUCAAUUUUGGCAGUAAGCUUGCGAUACCACGAGAGAAGCAGACACCACGAGCGAUUCUCAAGCAGAUUAAGAAGACGAUAGAAAAGACCGUCAUGCCAAAUGCGGUCAAAACACUUUCUGGCGUCUAAAUUAGCGACGAAUACAGGAGAUCCCCUUCUUAGGUGCCACUGGACAGUCUCAGAAAACAAAAGAGAGGCUUCGGCUGUUCCACGCUGUGGAACAAAUCCAAACUGUAGAUCGUGUGGAACGAACGAUGUUUCAAUUUCCUCUAAAACCAUUAUCUCUAACAAUUUAGAGAAAGUUGAAAUAAGUGAAAUUGGUCUAUAAUUGUCCAUAUCACUUGGGUCAAGUCCAGUUCUUUUAAGCAAAGGCUUGAUGAUGCUGGUUGCAAAUGAUGAAGGGACAUCCAAUCUAGCAAAGCAAGCUGUAAGGAGGUGAGCUAACAUGGCAAGCAGUUCAGGCGUGGAGCCAUACAGCAGGUGCUCUGUGGUGAUUCCGUCUGCUCCUGGAGCAGAAUUACGCCUAAGGCGCAAUAUAAAUCGGGAAACAUCCGAUGCGGUAACAAUACGAGGUUCGUCACCAUUGCACCCAGCCUCUAAACGAGCAGAUACAGCAUCGCGGAUCCAGUGCUGGUUUGGUGACAAUUCAGCUACAUUGUCCUGAUGAAUACGAGAAAAAUGGGAUCUGAAGCUGUCUGCGUCUACGGAGCAUUCAGCAACCGUCACACCUCUCCGAGCUCUACUAACAUGUCGCCAAAAGGAGCCUAAACUUUCCCCACGGCGAAGCUUGUGUAACAGCCGUGCCUCAUGAUCAAUUUUCGAUCGAGACGCAUGCUUCCGCUCGCGCCGGUAGGCCCGUCUUGCUUCGCGAUAGCAGUUGUGCACAUGCGUGUAUAGCCGCUUACCAGAUUCAUGCCAGAGGUAAAGCCAAAACCGGGCUCUAUCACGCGCUGAGGAAACGCGGGGGUUCCACCAUUUUUUAGCAGGACGUCUCGGCUUUGCACACCCAGAUUCACGAGCUGCAGCAUGAAUGCAAGAGCUGAUAAAUGUAUCUAAUCUAUCCAGUUCUAUAGAGCUGCCUAAUUGUGGCGAAGCUACCAAGUAAGUCGCAAGUAACGUUUUAUAAUGGUCAAUAGCUUCUUCAGAAUUCCAAAUAGGGACAUAAGAGAGGACAGAGGGAUCAAAUCUGCGAACUGGAAGGCAAGAUACAGCAGCAAGUCGCAAAUGUAGACUUAAUGUGGCAAUGACUGGAAGGUGAGGGCUGAGGUUAUCAAUUGAUGAGCUAAGAAUCAUACAAUUCGUUAGAGAUGGAAGCAAACACUGUGGCACAACAAUGUGAUCAAUGUGUGAGGAGCCACCUGCCCUAUCAUAAGUGACAGACUGUUUCUGAGGAAACUGGAAUUCGGACACAACCAAAUGGUGAUCAUCAAGUAGCUCCUGCAUAAGAGCGCUGAGUGGUGAGAAACCACGCAAAUUCUGCCAGCCGUUAGGCCUGUGAACACUGGCCAAUCUUGGUAAGGCGCAGUUAAAAUCCCCUACAAGAAGCACAGGGGAUGCAGAGCGAUAUGCGGUAAUAAUUGCAUCUAGUUUGCCUAGCAAUUCAGCGUAACGUAAUUUGCUGUCACUGGUCGAGUCCCAGAAUGGCAUAUAACACCCAAUUACCGUCAAACAAGGACCCGAAUUAUCAUAUACAGUGACACCACAUAGCCUUACAUCUUCACACAGUACUUGGCGGUAGCGCAGCCCAGGGCGACCGCGACAAAUAAAUGCUACCCCUCCGUGUCGUCUACCAGCAUAGGGACCAGGCGGGUGUUCCAUGGCUGAUUCUUGUACACAAAAGUAAUUGCCUUGGCGAUGUUCAAGAAGCAGCCUAGGCAACAUACAUUGUUCUGAACUGGCUAGCCAAGUUUCGCAUAGAAACAAUAAAUCGCGUGUACUGACUAGUGUACUGACAGCCCAAUUUCAUGUUUGUGUGGUGCGUGCCAGUUUCGCCAUUCCUAGUGCGAAUUGCAUGCAUUCCUUUUGAAAUAAUUCACCCAAAAUGUGUGCUUUGAAAUUCUUCCAAGCUUCAUCCGUUGUUCAUCCCUUGAAUCUGCUUAUUUAAUAAUGGUAUAUCGCUUCAAAUGCGUUGGAAAAAAUGCACGUGGAAAUUCUGUAAAGUACAUAUUAUCCGGUAUAUCAUGACAAUUUUCAAAAUUUUGCAAAAUAUUUGUCUUGUCCUGGAUUUGCAUAUGCUCUUCGAAGUAUAUGCCAUCGUUAAAUAGGCAGAGCAUACUAUAUAUGUAUAGUGUGGUUUGCCGCAAUUUGUGUCUGGGUGGGAUUUUAUUUCCGAAUUACAUUGUGUUUCGUCUGCGUGUUUGCUAGAAUAGGAUGCUGUUUAUUUUGCUGUGAUAUAAAAUGAUAAGUUGGCUCUUGUGGAAAAGUUCUAGACGCUUCUGAGUGUGAACUGAGAGUGAAAGCACCGUGCCUUUUCGUGUUUACAAAAUAUUGAUAUCGCUACAUUCCAAGUGUCCUUACUGUUGGCAACAUCCAUAAGGCCUUUGUUCACAUGGAUGUGAAACGUUAUUGCACAUUUUUCUUAUUCUUUGUAUGACAAAUUGUUUUUUUAUUUGAGUUACCCGAAGGUAGAUGUCUCAACUCAACUUCAUCACUAAGUUUCAUUUCAUUCGAGGUGCAAUAUUUGAAGUACUGCAAUAUUUUAUUGACAUGCAUAGCUUGUUUGUAAGCAAUGCUUAAAAUGUAAUGGUUUUUCGAUGAGAUGUUGAUUUCAUCUCACUUUCGGCCUGCUUUUCGCUUUAUGCUAAUCAUUGUUACCAUUAUCGUUAAAUUCGUGUGAGAGUCUUACGAGGUGAAAGUUAUUCCAAGAUUACAAGGUGCUCAUUGGCCAUGCGUAUGAGAUGUGUUCUUACUGGUGGACGUACCAAUCAACUGUGCCAGACAUGACCAAAUACACGACAACCGAAUCAA